AUGGAAUGCUCGGCUCCCACAAAGUGCACAUUCAGUUGUACAGCGGGAAACUGUGCAACAGUUGUAUGCAAAGCUGACACUUGUGAACAGAUUUGUACUGGUGGUGGGUGUGGUCUGGAAUGCCAUGGAAGCAGCUGUGAGCAAAUUUGCACAUCAGGCAACUGUCAGCUGCAGUGUCCGAGGGAGCGAGAGAAAUGUGAUCAGAGUUGCACAAUCAACAAAGACCAAUGCACCAUAGAGGAAACUGCUCCUGAUGAGUGUACUGGAGGCGUAGAGAAUGGCGUAUGUUAUCAGUCGUGCAACCAAGGGGGCUGUGAUAUGGAAUGUUACGAAAAUUCGUUAUAUUACCAUUCCUGUGAACAAUCCUGCACUGGUAUGUUUAAAGGUUCUGAGUGUAUGUUAUUCUCUUAGUUUAUUUAUUAUUGUUGCUUCUAUCAUUUCUUUUUAUUCACUAAUGUGAAGUGAACCUCUAAUAACUUCACAAUACUUACCAAUGUACUAACAAAAACUUCGCAACAUGUGUACGCUACCUCUACUAUAAACGAUUGAAAGUCUAACACGAAGUAGCCUGCGAACAACAGACGCAUUUCCAGUCGUCGCUUCUCUCCCUCCGAAAAAUAGCGUCGCUAUUUUUCCGAGGGAUAGAAGCGACGACCGAAAAUGCGUCUGCUGUUCGCAGGCUAAACACGAAGUCAUCCUUAUGGUAUUGUUUAUACAGGCAAAGCCACCGGAAGAAAUGGAUUUGCACAAAUUCGCUCUCGACAAAUACAGUAAACACCCGUGUACAAGAACUUACAUUUUUUAGGUCUGGAAAAAAAGGUUCUUGUAUUGUGGGGUAAUUAUUGGCAAUUUAGGAUAAGUAGGUUCUUAUACGUUCGUAUUCUAUGAAGGAUAUAUGAUAUAGUUGACUAUCAGAAACAUAAAGAAACUUAAGUUUAGUUCUUAAGUAUACAGUACUUAUUCAUAACUGUACAUUGCAAACUUCCUUUACGUAAGGUCCAUAUGAAGACAGUUACAAUCUGUUCUUUUUAUAAACCUGUCAGUUUCGUUGUAGGAAUUACUGCAGCCUUACUGUAAUACUUCUAUUUGUAAUUACAGUUUGGUGCAGCAUUUUCUUGUAAUGUCAGUUGGCAAUCUUGAAGUAAAAUUCCUUGGUUAAAAUUCGAUAAAAUGUUUAUCAUAUUAUUUACCUGUGACCCACAUAUAAGAACCAAACCCAUUUUGCUUGACUAAAAAGGCUUUUAUAUUUUUGGGUAUUUAAGUGCCACAUUUUUCCACCAGGUUCUUAAACUUCUAGGUUCUUGUUAGCGGAUGUUUACUGCAUUAUUUACAACCCCGUGUUUUUGGUAUGCAAAUGUGGCAUUUACCAUCUUUGCCCCAGAUUCACUCCUCAGUUUUUACAUUUUUACUACAUAUUUGCCGAGAGCAAAUUUGUAAUCAUCAUCAUCAUCAUAAUCAUCAUCAUAAUAAUAAUGCUAAACAAUAAUAAUGAUAAUGAUAAAAUUAACUUAAAGCAAUGCUAUAAGGGCAUACCCAACUGUUAGACUGGACAGUGCAUGUUUUUUCAGCACUGCGUCUUAAAAUAACAAAGAUCUGCACCCCGGGCCAGCUGUCGUCAAAAAGUGAUCUCUUUCAAACUAGUUUUUUAAUUUUUAACCGUUUGAGCUGAGACUUUGCACGAUAAUAGAACUUGGCAUUCCUAACAAGCGUAUGUUUUUGGAUUUUUUAUUUUAACGGUUUUUGGCGCGAAAAUGACGUCAUAAGAUUGACAGCAAAAGUAGUUUUCCACUUAUGGCGUAAAAAACUGGAACUUUUAAAAGAACUUACAAAGAUGAGCUCAAAUGUGAAAAAAGUAUUUGUAAAGCUUAAUUGGUUGAAAAGUUAUUGAGCUGUUUGUAUUUUCCGCCAUUUUGUUACUAUUUUUAGAAAUUUGGUGAUCUUUAGAAUGUCAUAUCUUCUUAACCAGAUGAGGUUUUCAAAAACUUUUUUCUCUUUCAAGUUCUUCUCUAAGUACUCUUUCAAAAUCGCUAACCUGUUAUGGCAUAAGUUGAAACUUAUAUUUUGCUGUCAAUCUUAUGACGUCAUUUUCGCGCCAAAAACCGUUAAAAUCAAAAAUCCAAAAACAUACGAUUGUUGAAAAAUCAAAGUUCUAUUAUCGUGCCAAGUCUAAGCUCAAACGGUUAAAAAUGGAAAAACUAGUUUGAAAGAGAUCACUUUUUGAUGACAGCUGACCCGGCGUGUUGUGUCAGAGGGACAGGGAAACGUUUACUACGUUUAAAACUUUUAUUUCAUUUUAUCUAGGUGGAAAUUGUAACAUGGAGUGCUCGGCUCCCACUAAGUGCACAUUCAGUUGUACAGCGGGAAACUGUGCAACAGUUGUAUGCAAAGCUGAUACUUGUGAACAGAUUUGUACUGGUGGUGGGUGUGGUCUGGAAUGCCAUGGAAGCAGCUGUGAGCAAAGUUGCACAUCAGGCAACUGUCAGCUGCAGUGCCCGAUUGAGCGAGAGAAAUGUGAUCAGAGUUGCACAAUCAACAAAGACCAGUGCACCAUAGAGGAAACUGCUCCUGAUGAGUGUACUGGAGGCGUGGAGAAUGGCGUAUGUUAUCAGUGGUGCACCCAAGGGGGCUGUGAUAUGGAAUGUUACGAAAAUUCGUCAUAUUACCAUUCCUGUGAACAAUCCUGCACUGGUAUGUUUAAAGGUUCUAAGAGAAUGUUAUUUUCUUUAUUUAAUAUUGUUGCUUCUAUAUUAUAUUAAUGUGAAAUAAACCUCUUACUUCACAAUACUUACCAAUGUACUCACAAAAACAUCGCCAGAUGAGCACGCUACCUCUUCUGUAAACAAUUGAAAGUCUACCACAAAGUUACCCUUAUGUUACUGUUUAUACAGGCGAAGCACUAUGAAGCUGAGGAAAAGAAACUAUGUGCAGUGUUUAUGUGAACUGUUAGUGUCCCUUACAUAACAUAGUAACUUUUAAAUGCAUGCUGUUAUGCUUUGUUCUCCACUUCAAAAUGAAGGUUUUGAACUUCUCUGAAGUUCAAAAGUUUUAUGUCCCCACCACAGAUAAUUACAGUAAUAAUAAUAACAACAACAACAACAACAACAAUGAUAAUGAUAAUAAUAAUAAUAAUAAUAAAACUGAAGAAGAUUGACACAAAAACACGCAAACUAUUGAACAUGCACAAGAUGUUACAUCCUAUGUGGAAAGGCUGUACAUCCCAAGAAAAGAUGGAGGUAGGGGCCUGAUUGAUGUAGAAACAGCAUUCAAAACUGCAACAAUAGGGCUUGAUCACUAUCUCAAGCACAAGGAAGGGCAAUAUCCAAAGCAGGUGCUUGAACAUGAAAGAUCUAAAGCCAAAAAUUCAAUAUCCAAGAAUGCUACUAAAUUCAAAAGGGAAGUAACAAUGCCAGAGAAUGAGAACAGAGAAGAUAAAUCUGCCUCUGAAAAUGCUAAAGCCCUGAAACACGUGUUUAAGUCCAGGAUGAAGUCAAUGAAAGAAGAAAAGUGGAAAAACAAAGCGUUGCAUGGCCAGUAUCCAAAGAUCCUAGAGAAGCCUCAUGUAGACUCAGUCACCACCAACAAAUGGUUGUCAAGUAAUUUGAAGGAGAAACAGAGAGAUUACUUGUAGCAGCUCAAGACCAGGCAAUAAACACCAGAAACUACCAGAAAGUAAUAUGUGGCCAGCAAGUGGAGAGCAAAUGCAGAUUGUGUUCGCAACAUGAAGAGACAGUGGACCAUAUUGUAUCUGGAUGUGAGGUAUUAGCCAAAACAGAGUACAUCUCCAGGCACAAUAAUGCUGCAGCAUAUCUCCACAGUGCUGUCUCCAUUGGAGCAUAUGUAAAGAUCGUGAUAUAGAGAUUACAGACAAAUGGUACGAACACGAACCAGAGACCGUGACACACAAUAAAGAUAACAACAUCACCAUCAUGUGGGACAUGCCAGUCAAUACUGAUAGAACUAUAACAGCGAACACACCAGAUAUCAUCGUUAAAGAUUCAGUGAAUUUCACCUGCAAACUUAUUGAUAUGACUGUUCCAUCACAUAGAAACAUCGCACUGAAGGAAACUGAAAAAAAAUGCAAGUACAAAGACCUAGAACUAGAAAUACAGAGAAUGUGGCAUAUGAAAACCGUAGUGAUCCCUGUGGUUGUUGGUGCGCUUGGUACAGUGAAGAAGGGUAUGGUAGAAAACAUCAAGAAAGUAUCAGAGAGAGCUACUAUGGCAGAGAUUCAAAAGAUCUGCAUGCUGGGAUCUGCACCAAUCCUUAGAAAGGUGCUCAGUGUAUGAACAGAAUGAUUGACUUGAGUAACUGACGCUCUAGGUGCAUGGUUUGCGCCCGGCUGAUGCACAAAAAGAACACCAGCAAAGACUCUGAUAAUAGAGACAAUAAUAAUAAUGAUAAUAACGUUUUUGCAAUCAGGUAUAUAUACGAUGAGUAUCACUUCUGAUUUUCCAUUUUUUUAGGUGGAAAUUGCAACAUGGAAUGCUCGGCUCCCACAAAGUGCACAUUUAGCUGUACAGCGGGAAACUGUACAACAAAUGUAUGCAAAGCUGAUACUUGUGAACAGAGUUGUACUGGUGGUGGGUGUGGUCUGGAAUGCCAUGGAAGCAGCUGUGAGCAAAGGUGCACAAAAGGCAACUGUCAGCUGCAGUGCCCGAGUGACGCAGAGAAAUGUGAUCAGAGUUGCACAAUCAACAAAGACCAGUGCACCAUAGAAAAGGUUUAA